AUGGCGACCGCUACGCAACAGCCGGAAACCUCCGGCUUACAAAAUAUUUCCGCUUUAUUGGAAACCAUUACUGGCUGUCUCACCGCUGCCGGAUCAUCCCUCCCCAAGGACAAGCGAGAUGCACCCUCGGAAGUAUCGAUCGAACCUCCGCAAGAUGGUAUAUCGCUACUAGACACCAAAAGCGACUUGCUUCUCUCCUAUACACACAAUCUUGUUUUUCUGAUGCUGUUUCAGUUGCGCGGACUAUCAAAGGAUCGUGAUGACGAAGCUGAAGCAGAUCAGUCCUUGCGUGAAGAGACUGUCAAAAAGCUUGCAGAAUUACGGGUUUACCUGGACCGCGGUGUGAGGCCGUUAGAGGGACGACUCAAAUACCAAAUAGACAAAGUGAUCAAGGCCGCUGAGGAUGCGGAGAGAACCGAGCGAACCGCCGCGAAGACCAAGGCAACCGAAGCAGAAUAUUCUGGCAGCGACGAUGAAUCGGCGUCGGAUGGUGAAGGCGAUGGCGCGGAUGAAAGUGAUGAAGACCAGGAAGAUAUCGAUGAGAUGGCUUACCGGCCCAACGUCUCGGCCUUUGCGAAGAAAGUGGAACCCGAAGCGCGGGCAGAGAAGUCUAACAAGAUGGCCCCCAGCGACGGCAUCUAUCGCCCACCGAAGAUCAUGCCGACAGCUCUUCCCACCACUGAAACCAGAGAGCGCCGGGAACGUGGUCCACGCCGGUCAACCGUUAUCGAUGAGUUCGUCAAUGCCGAGAUGUCGUCCGCACCGAUGGCGGAGCCUAGCAUUGGUAGUACGAUCGUCCACGGAGGCAGACACACCAAGUCCAAGAAGGAAAGAGAACACGAGAUGGAACGAACAACUUAUGAAGAAACCAACUUCAUCCGAUUGGCAAAGGAGAGCAAGAAGGACCGAGCCAAACGAGGUGGCCAGGCCGCCAGGAGCACUUAUGGGGGUGAAGAAUGGAGAGGCCUUACUGAAGGUGCAGACCGUAUUUCAAGGCUUACACGCAGGGCUAAGGGAAGUGGUGGCGCACUGGAUAGGAGUCGGAAACGCAAGCACGGCGAGGACGGGCAGCGCGGUGAUGGUGCAGCCGUGGGUCAAAUCUUUGAGAAGCGGCGGAAGAAGAUCGAGGGCUGGAAACGGUAG